AUGAGCCCGCGGCUAUACGUGGACCUGGACGAGGAGGAGGGCCCGCCCCCGGAGCGACACCGGCCAGACCGGCUGGAGGCCAUCAGCCGCACCACGAGGUUCUCCCGCCAGGAGAUCCGCUACAUCUACCGCACCUUCAAGCAGGAGUGCCCCAGCGGCGCCAUCAACGAAGCCACCUUCAAGAGCAUCUACGCCAAGUUCUUCCCGCUCGGAGACUCCAGCCAGUACGCGCACUACGUGUUCGCCGCGCUGGACCGCAGCCACACGGGGACAGUCACCUUCGGCGACCUCAUGCUGGGCUUGUCCGUCGUCAUGAAGGGCACGCUGCACGAGCGCCUCAGAUGGGUCUUCUCGCUGUAUGACGUGAAUCACGACGGCUGUAUAACGAGACAAGAAAUGCUGGAGGUGAUUUCGGCCAUCUACAACCUUGUGGGUGACGCCAAAGACGCGUCACACACGCAUCGUACGCCGCAACAGCACGUGGAGAGGAUCUUCAAGAAACUGGAUCUGAACCACGACGGCGUGAUAACAGUUGACGAAUUCAUCAACUACUGCUCGGCGGAUGAAAACGUCCGCAACUCAUUUGCUGUCUUCGACGACCUCUGGUGAAACCUGGAACUGGCUUCUAAACUCAGAACAUUUCGAAAAGUUUCAAGAUUGUGCAUCUUGUGACAGGAAAUAUUGGUGUGAACACUGUGGAAUUCUAUGUGGAAUUUUUUCCCAGAACCAGUGGUUUUAUAUUCUGCAGUUCUUAUCGGCUCUGCAGUUCACAUAAACAUACCGAACAAUAAACCAAGCUUCGUAGACACCCCAAGUCCACCUUGACAUAUCUUAAAGCUCGUCCUACACAGGCAUCAUUUAUACUAAGGAAACUGAUAAAUUAAACUUUAGGAGUACAGUACAGUAUUUGGAAGGAUUUGCUGUCUCAUUUCCCAUCUUCAACUUCUCCCAGUAAUAAUGCUGUUGCUACACGCUAUUCCUUUGGCCAGGUCAUUCAUGAUGGCAAGUUUUGUAUUUAUUGUCAGAAAAUGUGUACCCAACUAAUGAAUUUAUUUGUCAUCAUUAAUAACUGACCAAAAUAAAUAUUCAUGGCAUUAGAAAUUCACAAUUUUUAAUUGUCUUUGAAUUUCAGAUAAAAUUGUUAAUCGUAUAGGCAAGGUUU